CUGGAGUACUGCGAGAAAACAAACAGUUUCAAUGAUUGCCAUUUUUAGCCAGCUGUGGAUAAAUGAGUGAAACAACACUUGGUGAAGAUGACACAGAACAUGUUCCAGGAGGGGUUGCACCAGGUGUUUUUUAAGGAGACGCCCUUAACCCGCCCACCGACCCAAGUGACCAAACUAGGGGAUCCAAUCAAUGGCAGGAUUCAUCGUUGGUUUGGGACCGUGGUUAAUACCAGACUUUUAGUCACUGGAGUGGUGCAGAUCAUCAGCGCAUUAGCUUGCAUACUGGCCACAGUUACCUAUGCAUGUGUGAGCUACAGCUGCUCCGUCUCCAUGACAACACCAGUGUGGUCAAGCUUAUUUUAUUUGGCUGCUGGCGGUCUGGCAAUGGAGGUUCAGAGGAAAGCUAAUAAGUUAAAGAUUAUCGCUCUGAUGUGUCUGAACCUCUUCAGCCUGCUGUUCGGCUUCUCUGCUCUCCUGGCCAACAGCCUCAGGUCGACACAGCUUGUCGCACUCAACACAAACCAACAGCGUGUUGGAUCCUUGGUUGCCAAGGGGAGCUCCAUAGCAUUUGCCGUGCAGUGUUUUCUGGCGUCCCUCUACAUUCUGUUCCUGUCGUUGCGAGGCCUGCGUCGCUACAGUCCUCCCCAUAUCCAGGCCUACAGUCGCCUCCCACAGGAUCGAGAUGAAACCAAUGGGCCUCUCCUGGAACACGUGGAAUACAGAAAUCCUUCUUCUUCUCCUCCGCUAAGAGGGAAGUGACUGAGGCCUGGCCGUGCUGACAAGAGAGUGAGUGUGUCCGGAGGAGAGGAAGUGACUGUGACUACACCAGGGGAUCCUCUUUGAUACUCUGACUGAUACUUCAGCAGAAUGGCCUGGAAGGAUUUGAUCUGAGCCACAUGGGAGUGAGUCAAUAACUAAAUAUCUUCAUGUUUUUCAUAAUUAAAACAUCAAAGGAAAACAUAAAAGAAAAACAGAUGAAGGCAUAAUCUUGAGAACAUUCAUCAAUAAUUUAUUUUUCUUACUCUCAAGAACCAACACUUGCUUCUCAUCUUGAAAAUGCAUCAUCAAUUUCCAACAACACAGUUUUGAAAAAUGUAAAGUUACUAUACAAAUUUUAAUAGAAAAAAAGAAUAAAUUAACUGUGGAAUUCAGUAAUUUUUUUUUGUCAAUUCCACAUUUCUUCUACAACACCUUUAAUGUAUUGUUACAGUUGAACAGAACUGAUAAAAUCAAGUUACAUGCUCUAUUGUCUGGUUGGGGAAGUGUCUUCUACUAUUAAUCUGUCUGUUAAAAUAAGCUUUGUUUUGCACAUCUGGAAAAUGGAAUCUAUUGAUAGCGAUGAAGAUGUCGAGAUCCUACGUGACCAAGCAGUAACUGAUCAUUUUGAAGCACCUGAAUGCAUUGUUACAGAACUAAACAAACUAAAACAAUACUGGUUCAUAUAAAAUGGAACAUUGUAAAACAAUGAAUGUGAUUGUUAAAAACCCCACAAAACCUUACAGCCUCCCUCCGUACACACAAGAAACGACUGAUAAAAGAGUUAGUUCAUUUCUCUUACAAAAAACCUCAUACAUUUCUAUGAAGCACAGAAAAUCUGGUAUGUUUGGGGCUAGAGAGAGAAGGGACGUCACACAUCUUCACAUCGGGCUCAGAGGUCAGAGAUCACCACAAGGUCGAGAUGGGGCACACAAUGGAGCAAGAUGUGCUAAUGUUAGCAUAUAGAAGACGAGUGCUGAUGUCUCUGGGUUUUUUUUUCUUCAGUGGAUCUGCAGGACAUGCAUGGGAUUGUGCCUCGGCACACUAACUUUGAGUGAGUAAA